CAUGUGCAGAAUACAGGAGCUCACGCGCUGACUUACCAGUCAAGCCACAAACUGUGCACCGUCGCAGCAGACAGGAAGUCCGCUUGUCCUCCACAUCCUUGAGCCUGACAACCCAGGUUCACGCACUUGGGGUGUGCCCAUGCAAGCCAUUCCGCCGUCCAACGACCAAACCGUGUCUAAUGCUUAUACAUGACAUAUGUAAAUCAUGAAAUGCUGUUCUAGGCCUUGGGAUGGCCUGCCUGCUCAUUGAGCUCGCAAAGUGCAGCAACAUAUGCUGGCAUUUUGCACAAACAGCCGCUUUUUGUUCCACAGAAUAUCUCUAGCAGCAGUCGCGGUUGACAGAGCCCUCACAUUUCACACCAGAAUACAUUCCAGUCCAGUGCAAUAUCAUGUAUCUAAUUAGCAUGUUGAUUGGGUUUGUGCUUCAUCAAGCACACUUUGGCCCAACUAGCCCAACCAUGCCUGCACAUACUGUACCCAUCGGGCUCCCUGGCUGGCUGGCCAAAACCCGCCCAAUACGACCUCAGGUGGCCUCACGCCUGUCGGAUUUGUCAAGAGAGGAGCUGGAGGAUCUGCUCAUUAAGGCGGAGGCGGAGCGCAAGGCGGCGGUGAACAAACGCAAGAGACUGCACUUCCUGUUUGUGGUGCUGAACAUCUUUGCUGUUUUCUUAUUCGGACUGAUGAUGUGGAUUGUGAAGCCGGCGUUCUAGGGCUUCCGCCUGCCCUGAGCGCCAGCAUCCGGCACGCGCAGUCUGUUGGCAUCGUGAUCCGGCUGGCGGUGUGGGUGGGCAUCCUGCUGAUGCUCAUCUACCUCAAAGUGGUCAAGCGGACGGACUGGCUGACCAUUUUCCCCGCUGCCAAGGCAGCGGACUGCGUGGACGAGCUCCUGAAGCUGGGGCUGCGCCAGUGCAAGGCCGAGUUCAUGUGACAACACUGUGGGUGUGGGAUGGAUUGCCAGGAAGUCCUUUUGCUUCCUCCAUUGAGAGGGGCAUUGGGGACACAGGGGGAAACAUCGCCGGCACUCUGCCUGCACUGGCCACCAGCACCUGGCAUUCUCGGUUCAUUGGCAGGCCCCCGGACAAAAUAUGUGGUUCCCCUUGCAUCAAAAUUUUUUGAUAGUAUGCAUCUGGCGCUGUGACGUGACUAGUUUGUUAGCUGCGGGUUAGCACGGACUGUGCACCCCACCCAACCGGCCACGUCCGGAUUUGCGGGGAUGCCAAAGGCCCCCAACAUAGAGGUGUGUGCAAUUUGCGUGUGCUUAGUAGGCGCCCGCGUCAAGGUGGCUGGGUUGAUAACGACCCGGGAGGGGAGGGCUCAGCCCUUUUCCUGCCUCCCUAAGGCAGCCACCUCCUUGUUUCCAUCAGUACCGUAGUUGGGCAUCUAUUCCCCCAAAUGAGAACACUGGGCAUCUUGAUCCGGCUGCAGUCCGGCUUGUGGUGGGGGUUGUCAUUGUGCGGGUGUUUCUCUGAAUCCAAUUUGUCAAGUGGACGGACUUGCUGGGUAUUGUCUCUGCUUUUUAGGCAGCGGACUGAAUUAAUGAAGCUGGGGCUGCACCAGUGCAGGGGCGAGUUGGCGUGACAACAUUGUGGGUGUGGGCUGGAUUGCCAGCACGCCCUUGUGCUUGCUCCACUGAGAGCUUCGUUGGGACACAGGCGGGAAACAUGGCAGUGGCGCAGACAAGCAGCAAGUUAGACCUCAAGUGUACUGCUUGCUGGACCCCAGUUUGUGGCAGUGCCCGUGUUGAAGUGAGGUGACAGUGCCCAUGUAUAAUGUAGUGACGGUGUUGUGGACGUGUGCUGAGGUUUGGAGUGUGCCAUGUCAGGGGCUGUGUACAGCUCGCCAUGCAGGCACCCGGAUAAGAUACUGUGGCAGUGUGUGGCUUUGAGCAUACAAAAGUUAUCAUGCAAAAUUGUCCUACUAUGCCACAACUUUCGCAGUCCCUGGAACUGCUUGAGCCUGAACGUACAUCCCCUGCUCGCCCCACUCCUGCCCCACGCCAGGGCAAAGAUUCCAAUAGCCAGGGGUUCGGCAUAGUCACCUAGUGCUUCAGGGCUGCAGUGGAUGAGCAGUCCGAAACAGGAAAUCACCGCUGCAUCAUCAUCCGCACAGCAAGGCACAUGCGCCACUGCUCCAGCUAGCCGGUUGUGCUGUUCACUACACCAGUGUGCUUGUAUCUUCCAUCUACGCGUAGAAAUUUGGCCGCACUUCUAUGAAGUGUAGACGUUUGUGCGCAGAUUUGGCGGCAUACCAUAUGAAGACGUUUUGGGGGUUUGGGGGCUUGCCCCUAGGAAAAAAUGUUCCGGGUCAGCGCUCGUAUCUUCCUUCGUUCGGAACAAAAUUUGCCCAAGAAGGCCUGCGGUAUGGCGGAAGAAAAUUAUCUGAUCUUGACUUGAAAUUUUGGCCAAAACGCACGGGAUCUUGGGGGGUAUUUCGGCAAACAGACGAAGACAUUUAUGGGAUUUCGGCCAGUUUUGGCCAAAGGACAAAGGGGUUCCAGCGGCUACUCCACGGCCGAAAUUUGCGUGGCAUAUGGUAAGAAGACUCAGAGGGCUGUAUCUAUGGGUGUUGACGGCAGGAGAGUGAGGUUGGGUCGGCGGGAAGCAGGGGAGGACGUGGGAGGAGUGGGCGUGUCGUGUCGGUGUCGGCAUCUGAGAAUGUUCUGGGGCAUUGGGUUCACUGUUAUAUUGCCGUGCAAUUGGCGUUCGCCGAGAUCGCCAACACCACCGCACACGAUCCGUGUGGGUUGGGUCCCGGAAAAAUUUUGGGGGGUAAAUGCCGCGGGAGGUUUCAUCUACAUUCUGUAGACGCCGCGGGCGGCCUGAGGGCAUCUACAAGGUACAGGCACUGAAUAAACCCCGUCAACAGU